AUGCGCGUUCUAUAUGAAGGGACCAUCAAAGAACGAGGUUCUAAAUUAGGUUUUUGGCAUAACAGAAAAUGUUAUAUCGCUGACAAUAAGUUAUACAUACACAGAGGACUCUUAACUCCAAAUAAUUAUCAUGCGAUUCCAUUAUCCGCCAGUACAAGAAUCGAUUUUGUUCCAGAAACUAAAGACAAUGAAAUAAUUAUUCAAUAUAAUAAUAACCAAUUCAUAGUUUUAUCGGCCUCAACGAAAAAUGAAGUGGAUAAAUUAUACAAUGCUCUUUGCAAUGCAACAUUAUCUUCCACAAAUUUGAACAUGAGCUGUUUUGAAAUUAUUUCUUCGCUCGGAAGAGGACAUUUUGGAAAGGUUAAUUUAUGCAGAAGAAUAAAUUCUCAGUUAUUCUAUGCAAUCAAGUCAAUUCAUAAAUCACAAUUAAUGGAACAAAACAAAAUAAAUACCGUUAUAGUAGAAAGAGAUGUCCUUCUUGUUACUCGCUGUCCAUUCAUCGUCCAUUUCUGCUUUUCAUUCCAAACAACAUCAAAAUUUUAUCUCGGCCUUGAAUACGUUCCUGGUGGCGAUCUACAUCAGAGAAUUCUUAGCGCAGGUACGAUCCCAUUACAUGAUCUUCGAAUUUAUCUUGCCGAAAUCGUUUUAGGCCUUGAAGAUCUCCAUAAAAGAAGUAUUGUUUACCGUGAUUUAAAGCCAGAAAAUAUUUUAAUAACUUCAGAAGGUCACCUUAAAUUAACAGAUUUUGGCCUGGCAAAAUUUAGCCAAAACCCACUCAGAUCAUUAUGCGGAACAAUGGAGUAUGUUGCCCCUGAGAUGGUUCGCAAUGAACCAUACGGAUCAUCUGUUGAUAUUUGGUCCUUAGGAAUUAUCACUUAUGAGAUGGCAAUUGGCCGUACUCCAUUUAAGAGAGCUAACCAGUUCAAAACAUUUAAAGCAAUCCUAGAAGAAGAACCAUCAAUUAAUUCCAAUAUUGACUCAAAACUUUUAGAUUUGAUUCAAAAAUUGUUAGUUAAAGAUCCUAAGAAACGUCUAACAAUCGAUGAAAUAAAUUCACAUCCAUUCUUCGAAUCGAUCAAUUUCAACAAGGUUCUCAAAUUAGAAGAGCAACCAAAUUAUAUUCCAAAUAUUAAGUCCAUUGAACAACUCAGAUCUCAAUCAGAAGACAGUCCUGCAGACUCCUUCGGAGAACCUGUGUAUAUGGACAGUUUAUAUGAUGGAUUUACUUUUGUUAAUAUAUAA